CAUAGAGCAAACUAUGCUCUUGUUGAGGCCGUUUUCUUUGGUCGACAACAAGGGAGUUGCUCAAGCUGCAGUUUCAAGUUUGCAAGAUAGUGUUGCUGGAAGGUGGUUGGAAGAUUCUACAACCGAAGAGGAAGCUGAAGUUGUCGGUGUUCAGUUUCGAAGAAGAGAAACUCCUAAAGCGGCUGCUUGGAAACGAAGUUCUUUUCACUAUCAGAGAAUGUUACGAGAUGAAGAGCCCUGGAAGCAGUUACAAUAUACUACACUUUAUGAAGUUGAGGAAUGGUGGAAUGGGCAUUCUGUAGAAGAAACGUGCCCACACUCUACAGAGUUCUCUUUAGAUACUUGCUCAUCAACUGAUAGUAUCCCCCUUUGGAUCGAUUCUUUAGGUAAUAGGGAACAUAUAGAGCAAGUGAGUUUAGAUGUUCCUCAACGAGUUUAUCAAUAUUUAUAUCAACAUCGAGUGAUGACUCUUUCAUCUUUGUUGAAGCAUUUUUCUGAUGAGCCCUUAUCCUCUUUGUUGAAAGCGUUGAAUGAAUACGCUAUUCUAAUCAAUCAUGUUUGGGUAUUGAAAAGUGAAAAGAUAUCUCAAUUGAGUCAAGUGGAACAAUGCUGUAGAGAUAUUAUUUUGGAGACGUUUGCUUCACAAGACUAUGUAAGGACAAGUGUCAUUCGUGAAAGGCUUCCUUAUUUGGGUCCAUUGAUCUGGAGAAGUAUAUUGGAAGAAGUUGGAAUUCAUCAUAAAGGACAAGGAUGGAGAUUGAAAGUCCAAGGUGAGGAUCAUUUUGGGAACCUAUUUCAUUCCUUUGUUAUAGAACAACAAAAAUAUUUGUAUCAAAGAGUUGAGAAAGGCAAAGAAUAUUUACAAAGUUUAUAUAACAACGGUUCUCAUAGAAGGUUGGGAAAUGUAUCCUCUCUUCCUUCGAGUACAACAACAACAACAACUCAAAGUUUGACUUUUAACCAUAUGCGAAAUGAGCAUUUGAGAAGAUGGUUAUUUAUUUUUGUCAAGAAAUAUGGAACUGUUUCCUACAAUAUGGUUUAUACACAAGCCAAAAAGGAUUGCCUUCACUUGUUAGGUUCCCAAGAGGAGGAGAAGGAAGAAGAAGACAAGUUGAAAACUAUUCUAAAUCAACUAUUGAAUGAAAUGUGUGUGCAGAUUCGAGGUUGCUUUAUUUUAAAACAUUUGAACAAUCCUUCUGUGGAUAAGUAUAGAAAUGCUAUUUUGAGACUAUUCAUGAAAUAUUCCAAACUCAAAAAGUCUGAUAUCGUCAAAGCUUUGGAAGACACCUUUUCUUCGAGUAUAUCGAAUUCCAUGUAUAAUACCAUUUUACACGAAUUUGCCACUUUUAAAGACCAAAGUUGGCAUUUAAAGGAACCUUCUUAUUAGGAAAAAUGGAAAGCAAUAAAGAAUAGGUAUUCUAU